CGAAAGAAAAAUGAAGGAAAGAAAAACGAAAAGAAAAUGAGAACCUCUACUGCGAUAUGAACGAAUAAAAAAUCGGUAGAUAGCUUGGAAGAGCAGAGAUAGAUAGAGUAUUGAUUGAAGCGUGGAUUGGCAUAAUUCAACUUCAAGACUCAAACUUCGGAGGAAAUUGAGCAACACACGGAAAGAGAAAUUGGAGAUUUGGAGCAGGAGAGUCUGAAGUCUCGUUGCUAAGGUGAGGAUUGGACCUUUAUCUCCGCUGUUCCUUCCUCGUCGUCUUGAGAUCGUCGCUCACCAACCUUUAUUUGCACGACCUCUGUUUGCUUCAUGAGCCAACUUGCUUCUCACUGGCUUCAUAAUGGUAAUGAAGGGUAUCUGUGAGAAGAUUGCUGCUGCUGCUAAAUGUUCUUCUAAAAGUUCAACAGAGACUUUGGAUAAUAACCAGGGGCCUGCCUGUGAACGAGCAGGAACUAUCGACAGUAAGUUUCCCAAGGCUUCCUUAUGGUCAAGCUUCUUUUCAUCUGCUUUUACAGUGUUUGAAACAUAUAGUGAGUCAUCAGCUUCUGAAAAGAAAGCAGUUCAUUCUAGACAUAGUGGGUGGGCAGCUGCCGUGAGGAAAGUUGUUACUGUUGGCUCAAUGAGGAGAUUUCAUGAACGUGUCCUAGGGUCAAGCAGGACUGAUCUUUCAGCCUCAGAUGGCGAUAUAUGGCUCCUAGGCGUCUGCCAUAAAAUAUCACAGCAUGAAUCACCUGGUAAUGUAGAUACAAGCAAUGGAUUUGCAGCAUUUGAACAAGAUUUUACAUCGAAAAUUUUAAUGACAUAUCGGAAAGGUUUUGAUUCUAUUGGAGAUUCAAAGUAUACUAGUGAUGUAAGUUGGGGAUGUAUGAUUCGAAGCAGUCAGAUGCUUGUUGCUCAGGCAUUACUUUUUCAUAAAUUAGGUAGAUCAUGGAGAAAACCUCCGCAAAAGCCACUAGAUCUAGAAUAUCUGAACAUUUUGCGUCUUUUCGGUGAUUCUGAAGCAUCUCCUUUUUCUAUCCACAAUCUUCUUCACGCUGGCAAAAGUUAUGGACUUGCUGUGGGGUCAUGGGUGGGCCCAUAUGCCAUGUGUCAUACAUGGGAAGUUCUAGCCCGUAGUCAGAGGGAUGCAAAUGACCCUGAAGUACAGCCAUUUCCCAUGGCCAUAUAUGUUGUUUCUGGAGAUGAAGAUGGGGAGCGGGGUGGAGCACCAGUUGUCUGCAUUGAAGAUGCCAUCACAUGUUGUUCUGAGUUUUCAAAGGGCCAUGCUGAUUGGACACCCCUACUUUUAUUGGUUCCUUUGGUUCUUGGACUUGAUAAGGUCAAUCCUAGGUACAUUUCGUUACUGCACUCAACCUUUACAUUUCCCCAGAGCCUUGGAAUCUUGGGGGGGAAACCAGGUGCUUCAACAUAUAUUAUUGGUGUUCAGAAUGAAAAGGCAUUCUACCUUGACCCACAUGAUGUUCAGCAGGUUGUAAAUAUUAAUGGGGACAAUCAGGAGGUUAAUACUUCAUCGUACCAUUGCAAUGGGAUUCGGCACAUUCCCCUAGAGUCAAUUGACCCAUCCCUGGCCAUUGGAUUUUACUGCCGAGAUAAAGAUGAUUUCGAUGAUUUCUGUUCCCGGGCUUCCAAGUUGGCUGAUGAAUCAAAUGGUGCGCCAUUGUUCACUGUAGCUCAAUCACGACGCUCCUUGAGACAAUUCGCAGGCAAUGAUGUGUCAGUUGAUAGUGGUAGGUUCUGCGAUGAUGAUGCCACAGGAAUGGAGCCUGUGAAUGAUGCUGGAGGCUGUGCCCCUGAGGAUGACUGGCAGCUCCUAUAAUGGCAGAGUAUUGCGUGGAUUUGAAGUACAUGGGCAAAAUUCAUUAUUGUUUGUGGGACUGCAAGUUUGGUUAUGCCCGGGACUUCCACUCUGUGAUUAGGUCUUUGUAGAAAGUAAAUCAAACUCAUUAUGAUUCUUUAGCUUGAUUUUUUUCAGGGUUCAAAAUGUUAAUAUGGUUAACCAAGUAUUUAUUGUACAUUUACAUAGCCAGUUUGCUUAUGUUUGUUGGCUUUACUUCAUAAAAUGUUGCUCACAUUGAGCUAUAAAUUCUUUUUCUGUUGGUUUA